GGCUGCCCGCACUGCGCAUGCGCGCUCGCCGGCCUCCCAUUGGCUCCCGCCCCGCGGCUUCAAACGGUCCGGCGGGAGCGAUGGCGGCGGAGGCUGCGGCCGCACCCCCCCGGCGGGUUCAGGUCUGCGUCCGCCUGCGCCCCGGCCCCCCCGGUGAGGAUCCCUGCCUGCUGCCCCUCGACUCCCACACCCUGCAGCUGCGUGAGGACCCCCCCCACGCCCCCUCCUGCUACCGCUUCGAUGCUGUUUACGACGCCGCCAGCUCCACGGCCGCCGUCUACGAGGGCUCCGUCCGCCCGCUGCUGGCCCAGUUCCUGGCCGGCAGCGACCCCCCGAAAGGCUGACACGGUGCCCCCGUGCCCCUACCAGGGAAGACUCACACCAUGCUGGGCGGUGAAGGGGAGCCCGGCUUGGUG